GAUUGUUCACAUGAACAGGAAAUAAUGGUUCUAGACACAUCCGUGAAGAAUUACCGAACUGAGUAUAUUGUGUACUAGAUUGUGGGAGUCCGACAAAAACAUAGGAGUGAAUUAAUAUGUAUAUCUGGAAACUAUUGGCUACUCUUCUAGAAUGCUUCGUUUUCUGUCGAUCUCAAGAAAUUGCAGCUGCUUUCAACCCAAGGCUUUUGACGUGGGAAGAGGCAAAGUCUAACUGUACCCUCCUUGGACCAAGUGUUCAUGGAUCUUUACAAACUGCCAACAUUUCCUCUCGAGGGAUUUCAGAUAAGGCGUGGAUAGGGGCUUACAGAGUACACACACCGUGGCUUAAUGUCAGAGGUUGUUAUGCAGUAUACACGGCCGACUUACUGUUGCUCAAUAAAACCCAACUCCAUGAGACGGAUGUUGUGGGUUGGUGUGUGGAGAGCUGUCCUAACACGGCUAUUUACGGACUGUCGGAAAAGUAUUGUUUUUGUGUGACACAAUUGCCAACUUUAGUACUCAAAAGAGAACCCAAACUGUGCAAUGGAUCGACGGAAGAUUUUUGUGGUGGAAUGCUGACGAUUGGUAAUGGUGCUACAACAGACAUCAUGUUCUAUGAGAGAAACAACCAGAUGCUUUCGUCUGUGCACGGAAAUUUACAAUGCAUUCAGAGCCAGCAGAGACGUGUAGGUGAAGAGGACGACGAAUUGGUAACAACUUACACAAAUCGACCCUCACGGUGUGACGACCAAGUGGCUAGUUAUGUCUGUAUUUCAGACAGUUUUUCACCUACCUUUUACACUAUGUCACCGCGGGUAAACUGGACACAAGCUGUGAUGGCCUGCAGCAAAAUACGGAACAGAAUUGUAGAUAGCUUCACCUUCAGCGGUGUUCUACAUGCCUCGCGCCUGAUCCUCUUCUGGGUGGGAAUUUUUAGGAGGGAAUUCACCAAAAUUGACACGGUGAUCCCCUAUAAUCCGCACAUAUCAACUCUGUGUACGGCCGCCACUGUUAAUUCAGACGGGACUCUCCGCCUAGUCAAUGAAAACUGUGAUCAAAAGUUGCCAUCAUGGUGCGAAGAUCAACAAGCAACCACACAGACAAACACACGAGGACCAAGAAUAAUCACAAGACCAUUGCCGCCUGAGAACGAUCAUCUGAUUUCCAUAUAUUUACCACUGGGAAUGUUUGUACUUCUUGUUUUAAUAGUUACAGUUACAAUCUUUUUACUCAGGAAAAGAAUAGCCCAAGAGGUUCGCAAAACCUGGAUUCAAACCAAGAACUACACACAAUACAAAGGCAGCCUCACAGUAAACACAGUUUGUAGAAAAAAUCAGAGAACUGAAUCGCACCAUGAUCACAUGAAUGAAGGUCUUCCGGAAUUGCAGGGAAAGGAACAACAUGAAUACAACCAUGCUAAUUUUAAGCACACGACACAGGAGAGGGCGGGCUAUGCCUCCAUACAUAUUGCGGACUCGGGACAAAAAUUGACUACAAGGACUGACUCUACAUACGAUCACAUCAACAGACAAAAUCCAGCACUGACUAGUAGUAUCUAUGACCGAUCGGAUUACAAACAGAACAUUCUUCCUAAUGACGUCACUGGAGCAUCAGACGACAAAGAGUACGAUCACAUAGACAGACGCGCCAAGAAAACUAAAGAGAGCAACUACAUAUAUGAUCAUAUGGGGCAGUGAAAGACUCUAAAUUUAGACUUGCCAUGGGCAGCUAAAUUAAAGCCGAGAAAUCGCCGUUACAUUGAGUGAAGAAUGAAAUAUCUAUUUAUGACAAAACUUUUAAAGACUUCAUUGAGACGUACAAGUUCCAGAACCUCUUCCUCUCUACCAUUCCAUUCUUGGUGUAAACUGAACUUCACAAAGUCCUAACUCAUACACACAAUAUCUUUCAUCAAUCAUUUAUAUCAUGUGUCAAAAGAUAAACACGUGCAUUUUAAUGUUAGAAUAACAGUUAAUAUAUACAAUUCAAUAGAAACGCUUGGCAAAA